AGUCAUUGUGCUGAUAGUAAACUUUUAGCUGGAGGAGGGUUUUGCUGAUCUUCAGCUUUUCAGCCCCUCCCAGCGCUUGGGGUAUCAUUUGCUGUCUUAUUGAGGAACAGUGCUAGAUGGGACCAAAACCUUUCACAAGUUUUGCUGGCUGGCUGACUGACUGAAGCAGCAACCCCAAGGGGAAGAGCAGUGUAGUAAUUUAAAGAGAUACUCUCUUUAUUUUAAUGAAGUGGUUUGCUAGCACUGAUCAGACUCACUCCUUGGAGUAGGUUAAUGGUUUAAUUUGAGCUUUGCAGUUUUUGUCUUUUGCUGUUGGAAUUGUACACCGAACAUCAUCAUGACUCUUCUUGGUUCAGAGCAUUCUCUGCUCAUUCGCAGCAAAUUCAGAUCAGUUCUACAAUUGAGGCUUCAGCAGAGGAGGACACGGGAGCAGCUUACAAACCAUGGCAUCAUGCCUCCAUUAAAGAGCCCAGCUGUAUUCCAUGAGCAGAGGAAAAGUCUUGAGAGAUCCAAGACAGAGGAUUACUUAAAGCACAAGAUCAAAAGCAGACCAGAGAAGUCAGAUUUGGUCAAUAUGCAUAUUUUACAAGUGAAUCAUGAAAAGUUCCCCAAACAAGAAGACUCGUACGCAUUUGAAGAAGACAGCAGCAGCGAUGGUCUGUCUCCUGAACAGCUGCGAAGUGACGAGUCUCAGGGUUCGGUGUGCUCGCCCCCAGAAACAAAGAGCCCUGAAGAGUCUCCCCCAACCUCAGCAGGAGCUGCACAGGUAUCCCCCAAAAUAGAAAUACACGGAGAAAAUGAUUUACCCAAUAAUCAAACCAACGAAGCAGAGAGCCCAAUAAGGACAAGCAAUCAGCUCACGCCCCCCAUACCUGUCCCUGCUAUUGUGAAGUCAAAGAUGUGUGAUAAGAAUCGACACAAGAAACCCAAAGACACUAAGCCAAAGGUGAAGAAACUGAAAUACCACCAGUACAUUCCACCGGACCAGAAAGCUGAGCGGUCCCCUCCCCCAAUGGACUCUGCCUACGCCAGGCUUCUCCAGCAGCAACAGCUCUUCCUCCAGCUCCAGAUACUGAGUCAACAGAAGCGCCACCACCAACCACAGCAGCACCAACAGCACUUCAGCUACCAGCCCCAGCCCCAGUCCCAGCUCAAGCAAUGUAACGAGUCCUUGCCAAGGAAUACGAAUGCACCCACCAGCACUGUCUCAAGCGGCACCCUGUCUCCUGUUAAAAGCACCUUUUCAGGGCAAUCCCAGAUCUCUCCGAUAAAGCCUGCGCCCUUACCUUCCAAUCUGGAUGAUCUGAAAGUGUCUGAGCUGAGACAACAGCUGCGAAUCAGAGGCCUCCCAGUUUCCGGCACCAAAACCGCUCUCAUGGAACGGCUCAGGCCUUUCCAGGAUCCAAAUACCAACGUGGUACCAAUGUCAAGCGAUAUUACAACGGUCACCUUCCCAGUGACUCCAGUGGGUUCCAUGUCAGGCUACCAGUCUCAGAGUUCAUCCAGCAGCAUGUCCAAUGGGUUCUACCAGUUCGGCAGCACCAGCUCCACCCCACCCAUCUCUCCGGCAUCUUCAGAUCUCUCUGUCAACGGCUCUCUACCAGACAGCUUCAGUGACGCCCCAAUGUCCUCCCCGCAGUUCGGCCUCCAGCCUUCACCCAGCCACUUGAGCGCUGACGAGGGUUUCAUGGGCAGCAUGAAUGGGGGCUGCAUGCAGGCAGAUAUGGACGGCUUGGACGCAGAGAAGGACAAGAUGCUGGUAGAGAAGCAGAAGGUGAUCGAAGAGCUCACCUGGAAAUUGCACCAGGAACAGCGGCAGGUUGAGGAGCUCAAGAUGCAGCUACACAGGCGCAAACGGAACCAUGGUCAGCAGGAGACACAGAUGCUGCCUCACCAGCAGCAGCAGCACUUCUUUGGCGUUUCUAUCAAGCAGGAGCACGUGGCUUCCAGCUGCCCGCUGUUGUCCAAGCAAAUCAAAAACAAUCUAUCCAGCAGCUGUUUGGAAAGCUCUUGUGGGCCACCAAAGAUCUCCAGCGUGGUGAGCCCCCACUGCUUGGAAUUGGCUGGCGGAAGCCCCACUAUGUCUGCAUUCUUGAGCCCGCAGUGUUCCCCGCAGCAUUCCCCUCUCGCAAAGCCAGCAAGCCUUCCUCCAUCCCCCAAUAACCCCUACCUGCUGUCGGUCUCCCCCAGCACCCAGGCAGGGGAUGGUCGCAGUCAUUCACCGCAACAAAAUGGAAACAGACAACGGCCAGUCCAGAUUCCACAGAAUAGUGCUGGCCAGCCAGGGAAUUCUUGCUCCUAUUCUACAGACCAAAGGAACAUGCAGCCAGUGUUCCCCAGUGUUACAGAAAACGGUUUCAGCCGCAGGGAGCACUCUGCACCAAAGAGUCCCAACAUAGAGAACAAGAUGGCUAUAUUGCACUCUCCUGGGCACUUGGGUCAAAAGUUUCCCUUCUCUACUGUUGCCUUCUGUAGCUCAGACUUAAAGAUUAAACAACCCCCCUCCUAUGAAGAUGCAGUAAAGCAGCAACUGACUAGAAGUCAGCAGAUGGAUGAACUUCUAGAUGUCCUAAUUGAGAGUGGAGAAAUGCCAGCUAAUGCCAAAGAGGAGCGGUCUUGCAUAUCAAAAGUGCCUCGUAUCACAGUGUCCUCAGGGAGCGCCAGUGUGCCUGUACAAAAACGUCAAGGGCCUUAUAAACAAAUCUCUUCCUUUGAACAUGGCACCAGUAACCGGGACAACCACCAUGAAGCCUUAUUGAACAGUCCCAUGAACCGGGCUAGUGAAAUUGCUCUGCUCAAAAUCGAGACUGAAGAUGCCCAGCAUGAAGGGAUGGCUGAUGGGUUUUCAGGUUCUCACCAAGAGGAACUGCUCAACACCCGUGACAUGAUGGAGGCCCCACUCUCUCCAAUAGAUGCCAGGAUAUCGCAGUCGACAACCGAGGGCCAGGGCUUGAACCUCACUUUCAACGAGUCACCCUGGGAAACCAUGGAAUGGCUGGACCUUACACCCCCCAGUUCGGCGACAGGGUUUGCCCCUCUUCCAGUAACUGGUCCUAGUAUCUUCAACACAGAGUUCUUGGAUGUUACAGAUCUCAAUUUAAACCCUGCCAUGGACCUGCAUUUAGAACAGUGGUAAACUUGAUCAUUGACAUUAUGAAAUCAUGCAAAGACACCAAAAUGGAAGGUAAACAAAGGAUGUGUAUAACAAAUGUUUUAUAUUCGAGACCCCUCCUGUUUGAUAUCCAGAGCUAGAGAGACAGGGUUGUGUUGUAAUAUACAGAGGGUAUGUGUUCCUUGAUUUAAGAUUUUAAAAAGAAAAGUGAAAAGAAAAAACAAACAACCACACACCCAGCCUUGAUUUAAUAUCCCCAGUUGUGCAGCUUUGAUUACUAUGCAGUAUUAUGAUGUUAAACGUUUGAGGAAAAAAUAUUUCUAUUACUGGAAACAAACUAGAUGGAAAGACUUUUGUUAAAACUAUUGGCGAAGCAGUAGAAAUGUACACUUAUGAAGAGAUAUUUGCUAACCAUAAACAAUCUGUACACACUAUACAUUUACUUUGGUACUUUGUAAAUUUUAUCAGAAAGUAGUUGAGGUCUACAAUGGACAGACACAGAGGUGUUUACAUGAGUCGCAACCUAGUUUUGGAACAGCAUUAUGUAAAAAUGCUGGAUGCUACCAAUUUGUUUUGUUGUUGUAAUUUUAUGAAUGCUCACAUUGCACAGUUAUAGUUUAGUAAGAUUUAUCACAGAUUGCAUUUUAUUAUAUUUUCUUUAGGAGUGAAAUUUAGAAGCCAUUCCAUGCAAAUAUUUGAUAGCAUUUAAACCACGUUUGCUUUUUAAAAAAAAUAUACAUAUAACAAGCUAUACUACGUACGUGGACAAACAAAAUGUAUACAAAUUACAUUAUUUUUAUAAAUGAAAAGUUUUUCCAAUGCUCACUUUUACAAAGGAAAAAGCUAUGCAUAUACAGCAAAUAUUAAUUAAUAAAACAUUCAAAGUUUGCAUUUUUUGCAAUACAACCUGUUAUCCAUCACAAAGUAUAUGGAGAAAUAAGCAGACCCAUCGUUAGAACACAGGAUGCAUGUGAAUGAGUACAGUAUAUGUUAUAAGGGUUUUCAUUUUAGAGCACUAGUGUGUACACCAACUAAUUUCUAUUUUUAAUUUAGAAUGUAGCCCCACACAUUUGUAUUCUGGGAUCAAAAUGUGUACAAAAGUCUUGUACCACCCCACCUCCUAACUUAACUAAAAUGCUGAAGUGCUCUGUUUCUCAGACUUAUUUAUUACUUUCAACUUUGAGCAAAUCUUAGACAUUCCUGCAGUUUCAAAAUUGGAUAUAUCAAGUUUUAUUAUAAUGCCACAAGAUUAGAGUAAAAGAAUCACGCAACCUGUUUUGUCUGGUUAUCGAAUGCUUGAAUUGCAUUUAUUCUUUUUCUAAUUUAUAUUUGUAUAGAAUUUUAUUUUCAUGUUUCUAAAAGUGUUGAAAGUAUUGAAUAAUUAUCUUAAAAAGGGGUGAAAAAGGUCCAAAUCAAGCAGCACUUCUUCCUUGCCUUUCUAACAAUUGACAUUGGUUUCAGAGUUAAAUAAACCGCAAACCGCACACCGCACUUGCAUGGAUCUACCUGGCUGUGGUACUACAGUACACUGUUAAAACGAUGCAGAAUAUAUUUAUGAAUGAAAUGAGGGGGGACAUGAUGCACAUGUGGCUUGAAUAACACACCUGAAAUGUUAUGAAUGAAAUACUGCCAGUCCCUCGUUUUACAGCGCUGCUGUAUCAUUUACAUUAAAAGGAGUUGAUGUUAAACUGAUGCAGCAGUACAAACUCAUAGACCAACAAGUACUGUGAAACUACCAAGAUGUAUUAUUUAGGUGUGGCUUUUGCAAUAAAAUAUUCUACAAUACAGUAUUUAAUAGUUCUGGAACGAAUGUUUCAGUACUCAUUCAUUUUGAAUUGGCAUAAUUCAUAUCAUUUAAAAAAAACAAAAAAACACAGGAGUAAUAUAAAAGCCAGUAUGUACCAUCAAAUUACCUAUUAAAAGAAAAGGAAGGAAACACUUCUGUAUAGUACAAGGUGCAUUUUUUUUCCUUUCAGGAUGUAAUUUAUGUGUAAGUUUCUUUUGCAAGAUAGUUUUUUGAUAAUCUUUUUGAUACUAUGAAUAUGGUAAUUUUUUUGCCCCAGCAAUUUUUGUUUGAGUAUUUGAAUGUGUGGACUAGAACUACUUUAAGAGGUGAAAGAAAGAGAGAUAACAUUUCAUGUAAAAGCUCUUUACAAAUUACAAAGAAAUUAAUAACAAAAACAAAGGAUUUUCCCCACAGGUAUUAUGGAAACAAACAGCUUGAGGUCAAAUGCAAAAAUAUUCAUAAUGUUGAAGUAUUUAUUAUUUUACACCCUCUUAAAUCUUGGUCUAAAUAUUAUAUACAUAAAUGGUUAUAUUACUAAUCUAAUCUUCAGGCAGCCCAUGGUUUUUUUUUUUUUUAAUCCUUUUAAACUUACCAGUACUAAGAGCAGUUUGCUGGAAACAGCUCUGUAGGAGCUUCUUGUAAUAUACCCUCGUUUAAUUUCUGUUUGGCUACCUGAGAUACAAUUGAGCUGGUUUAACUCACGAGAACACAACAGAUAAAAGGUUUUUCAGGUAUAAAGAACGUUUGUGUUCAUACAACAAAAACUACCCUUGAAUUGUAUACAAACUGGACUGAUUGUUAAUCAAGUACUGGGUGCAGAACACCAACUAUGAGACUAAACUAUGGAAGGAUUUAAAAAAAAAAAUGAAUUGGCUGAACACUGAAAGUAUGCUGCCCAAGUCCAGUUAAUAAACAACUUCUGCUAAUGUUUAAAUUAUGCUCAGCAUUACAAGAACAAUAAUAAAAAAAAAAGACUGAAGUAAUAUUGUCGGUUCCUGUUGACAUCAGAAGUGAACAUUUCAGGUAAUUCAAGUUUUAUACUAUUUCACAUUACAAUAACUUUGGCAAAAGUAAGUAAAGUGUAAAGAAAUUAUGGUAUAGUCUUGAAGCAUUGCUAAACAUGGUAAAACAUCAAAUCAUGUUAAUCUAGUGCUGUAAUACUCACAAUGGUUAUUUCAUGUUUUACUGUUUUUCUUCAACUGCUCGGCUUUUGGCGAUUGUAUUCUGCAUAAAUGACGACAAACGAUAAUUACGAUAACUAAUGUAAUGAAAUUAAACUUUGUGUGCGUACGCACGCCAGGCUGUUGUAAUGGCUUAAUUUGUGGGUUUUCAACACUUAUGUCCAUAAAAGCAUUUUAAAAAAUACAUGUUGCUGCUAACGCCUGGCUCAUUUAAAUUUUUCUUUUGGUGGAAUGGUUUGAGCUUGCCCUCGAUUUAUUUUUUGGUUGUCUAUUGAUGCCAAAAAUAAAUGACUGUGCUCCCCACAGCGGCUCUGCGCUAUAAAAUGGUCAGAUUCAAACAAGGGUGAGUUAAAAAUGUUCAGUGGGAUUCAUUUAAGAAACUACCCAUGCUACUUAAAUAUAAAAAUGAUCACUGAACAAGGAUAAUAUUGAACAGAAAGGUACGACAUUGCUACUUGACACAAGACUGUUACAGGAGAAUGCCACUUGUACCUUAACCAAGAUGAAUGAUUGUACUGUACAUUAACAUUAGCUCAGCCAUGAAAUCUGCCAAACGUCUUCAUGCUUAAAGUAUCCUGAAUCACUCCUAAACCGCCAUUUCUGGUAGCAAGUGGCCUGUAUUUGGACGUAACUGCCAAUUGGAACAGCCUAUGAGACUGCCAUUGUUACACUGACCAAUUCCAUGAACGAGAUUCCAUCCCAAGCAUAUGCUUUUUUUUUUUUUUGCACUCUGUAAAUACUGUACUUUGUGCUGUAUCAUACAGAUUGUUUUGCUAUUUGUAAAUAAGCUUUAUCUGAACUUUAAACCUGGUUUUGGCAUUGUGUGUUCUUAAUAAAUCUUUUAUGAUAAAA